AAUGCAUGACGCAUCCUUUAAUCAGGUUUGGAGACCCCGUAGUAUUCUUCUUACGAACAAAGAUUAUAUGCUGAACGAUAGUUCGUUAGUUGCGUGGGAAACAUCUUUAUAAAUCGUUCUUUAAUAAGGCUUAAAAUGGGGACAAGAGUUUAUAUUGGUCGACUAAGUCAUGAUUGUCGUGAAAGGGACUUGGAAAGAUUCUUUAAAGGUUAUGGAAGAAUAAGAGAAAUUCUAAUAAAAAAUGGUUUUGGUUUUGUGGAAUUUGAAGACUAUCGUGAUGCUGAUGAUGCUGUGUAUGAACUUAAUGGAAAAGACCUUUUAGGAGAACGGGUGUCAGUUGAAAAAGCCCGAGGUCAGCCUCGCGGAAGUGACCUCUGGACCUCCAGAAGUCGGAGCAGGAGGGCACCUCCGCGCUGGCAGACGGGACGGAACAAUCAUGGUUUCACUCCCAGGUAUGGCCCACCUACUAGAACAGAGUAUCGUGUUAUUGUUGAAAACCUCAGUAGCCGUGUUAGUUGGCAGGAUCUCAAGGAUUACAUGAGACAAGCAGGAGAGGUUACUUAUGCUGAUGCUCACAAACAAAGAAGGAAUGAAGGUGUUGUGGAGUUUGCAACAUAUUCUGACAUGAAAAAUGCAUUGGACAAGCUGGAUAACACUGAAUUAAAUGGCAGGAAGGUCAGAUUGUCUGAAGACAGAUCGAGGAAACGAAGGUCUAGGUCAAAGUCUCGCUCAAGAAGUCCUAGUAGAACUCCAACGAAAAGCCGUAGCAGAUCUCGCUCCAGGUCUCGUUCUCGAUCAAAGUCUGCAUCAAGAAGUUCUAGAAACUCCCACAGUAGAUCCCAGAGUAAGUCUGUCAGUCCAGAGAGAAAAGAGAAAGCCUCAAAGAGUAAGUCCAGGUCAAAAUCUCCCACACAGUCACCUAAAGGUGGCUCACCUCCACCAGAAGAAAAUGAUAGAGAUGAUAGAGACUGAAAGCAACAUUGUACAUGUCGUAUAUGUGUGUAUUAAAUUGAACUACAUGUACAGCCUUUUUGUUUUUUGCACAUGUUCAUAUUCAUAGACCUAAGACAAUUUUAAAAUAACCUGUUAUUUUGAGAUCUUUAUGGCACUAUUAUCAGCAGGAAAUGUAUUUUGUAUCUUGUGCCUUUUUAAUUUUGAUUUAGUUACAAGAGUUUCCAUUUUAUUAAUGUGAAGAAUUUACUGUAAAAAAAAAAGUUUGUUUUUUGUACAUCUGAAAGUAAAUAUCACUAACUCUGUGAAGAGUGCUUUCCUCUGAACCUGACAUGUUGGAGCAUAGAAAUUGAAUAUUAUGUAAGUAUUAUGUAUUAGUAAGUUUUUAUUAUUUGGUACACUGUAGUUUUUAUUAAAAUCGGUGUUCUGAAAGUUUGAAUGAUACAAAGUGUAGUAUUUUUUUCCGAUUUAACUUUAGUAGUACAAAUUUUUUUUAGAGAUAUUAAAUAGUAUUGUAAAAAUUUGUUAAUGUUAGAUAAGAUGUACUGAAUCUUUUAAAAAUCUAAUAAGACUUAAGCUACACAACACCUUGAUUAAGGUUUAGCAAGGUAACAGUGGAUAUUUCUAUGGAUAUACACAAUCAAACUGUCAUUUCUACUUUUCUUGAAAUCAUAUCCUUUUUUAA